UUGCAUUUAUGGCAGUAGCAGUAAAACAUCCCUUUGCCAACUAGUCAGCAUCGAAAUUCUCAAAUAUAAAAUAAAUAUAAAGAAAAUAAAAGUAUGUCCGCCGAAGUGGAGGAGACGCUGAAGCGCUUUCAGUCCAUGAAGAACGUCAUCGGCAUAGUGGUGGUGGAUAACGAUGGCAUUCCCAUCAAGACGACCCUGGACUACAACCUGACCCUCCACUACGCGGCCCUGAUGCAAACCGUGCGGGAGAAGGCGCGCCAGGUGGUCCUGGAUCUGGACGCCACCAACGAGUUCACCUUCCUGCGGCUGCGGACCGAUCAGCACGAGCUGCUGCUGUGUCCGCAGGAGGAUUACUUCGUCACGGUCAUCCAGAGUCCCUGCGACUAGAAUAUUCCCAAGCCCAAGCGCAUUUCACUUGCAAUUAUUUGAUGGCAGAGUGUUCAGUAAAUGUUAUUAAAAAUACUCGCCAUAGCCGCGAAUUCAGCA